AUGUCUUCCAGAGAGCCCAUGUGGUAUUGUCACGAAUGUCAUGCUGAGAUGAGACCACUCAUGCAACCGGAUCCAAUUUGUGCAUCAUGUCAGGGCACGUUCGUCGAGAAGAUAGAGGAUCCGAGCGAUGAUCCUCGGGCAUAUCAGCAACACGUUCCGAGAGGAGGCUUCGAUGACGAAAUUCCUCCGAAUUUAGGUGGCUUGCUAGGUGCGCGUUCACGCAUGCGUGCAGUAAGACCUUACAUGGAAGGAAACACCCACAGCUGCAUUGACAGGAAGUCCUCGACCUCGCUCACCUACCUUCCCUCCUCACAAUACGAUCAGGCUGGUAUUCGUCUUGAGUUUCAUAGUACUGGACCUAGUCAGGGUGCCACAAGGACCGUGUUUCUUGGUCCCAACGCCCUUAAUCGUCCGCGCUCUCCGGAGCAGCGCGAUGGUGAAAUUCCCAACAUGUCCGAGUUCCUGCGUCGUGAUAAUCAAAAUGGUCAACGACCCGGAGACAUCACUGGCCCAAUGAUGGCCCAAUACUUAUUGGCUUUAUUGGGACAGGGACCCACCGGUAGAGGCGCAGACCCUUUUGCUGAAAUGUUCUCCCUUGGUCCUGAAGGAGGACCGGGUGGACGCUGGGGUGACUAUGUUUUCAAUCAAGAGGCAUUGGACCAAGUAAUAACGCAGAUAAUGGAAAACUCCGCAUCACGGCCUAUUCCAGCAACAGACGACAUCAUUAACAAUCUCCCACGAGAAAUUCUUUUGGAACGAUCUCCACUACUGGAUAAAGAUUGCGCCGUAUGUAAAGAACAGUUCCAACUGGGAACCGAAGACCCGGAAGAGCAAGUAAUUGUAACUCUUCCAUGCAAGCACCCAUUUCACCAGCCUUGUAUAUUGCCAUGGUUAAAAUCUAGCGGAACGUGUCCUGUUUGCCGGUAUGCUCUUAUAGAACAAGCACAACGGCCGCGCUCACCAGGUAGCCCCCCGGGACCAGGAAACGGACCCAAUAGCCGCCCAACAAGCCCACCAUCAGCUCCACCACGUCCACGAUCGCCUGGGAACUCGGGUCGCAGUGGUGGAGGAUUGUUCCAUUCAUUUUUUGGAAGCAUGGGUGGCUCGAGAGCGGGUGGCAGUUCGGGUAGGAAUUCAGGUUCAAGAGGAAAUUCAGGUUCAAGAGGAGCACGUCGCGCGGGCAUGUCCAACGAGCCUCAGGGCAGUACGCCGCCUUUCCCUGGGCGCUGGGACGAAGAGACAGACUAAUCGAGCGUUGACUUCGUUUCUUAGACCACCUGCGGAGCAACUUCCGGGCGGUCUAUUGUAGAUAUGCAUAUCUUUUCUGAUGCUUUCUGAGUCUUCUGACCUCACUUUCCUUCUUGCAAGUUGUAAAGAUACAUAAUGUUAUGAGCUUUCCGAGGUGCGGAGUCUUUGAAUGUUCCCCUCGCGCCGCGGCCAGUAACGUCGGCAACUCAAAUGAUCUACCUAAUAUUUGUGGGCAAACCCUUGACAAGUUAUCUCACUCCACUAUGGACAGAAAUAAGAUACAAGCUCCCCAGCGUCACCGUCAAAGAGCCAGUGGUAACCGGUAACCUUCCGCAAGGGUUUGCAAACGGAUUUCUGUAGAUUUCUGUCAAUCCUCAUGCAAUGCCUUGGCCGAAU